UUGUAUUUAUUUGUAUAUUUACUUUAGACUAUCUUAUUCAAUACACAUCCAGUCUGUCCCUACGGAGUACUGUGAGUAAGCUUUACCCACCACCUGAAGGUUAAAAUGAGCUGAAUUUUUAAAUAGAGGACUCGUCUUUCGUUUUCCCCCCACAGGACUUGAAUGCAGCACAAAACAGCCUGAGUACGAGAGAGAAAAAGCGAGCGAGCGGCAGCAGCGCAGAUGCGCCCCAAUGAACAGCAGCCGAGUCCUCUUUCAAACACACACAUACACGCUAAUACACACACACACACACACACACACACACACAAAUGCCAGGACUCCCAUACACAUGCAAUCCAAUAGCGAGAGCGCCAUCAGUCCGAGCUGCCUCCCGCCGCCGGUGGCAGCCCUCACCGCCUCUUUUAGACACAAAGCUGGGAGCCCACUGGGAGAGGAGCUCCUGCUGCCUUUGUAGCACGAAAGUGGGGAGAGGAGAGCGUCUGGGACUUCAUUCGGGAGGCGGCAGAUAAUUCAGCAGCAGUGCUCGGGAAGAGAAGCGACACAGAGGUGGGAAGGUUAGUGAAGGCAAUCCAGUCCAGCUGCUGUUGCUGCCGCUCCUGCUGCUGCUGCUGGAGGAGGAAGAGGAGGAGGAGGAGGAGAAGGUGGAGGAAGCUCGGUGUCUGGAGAAGCUUGAGGAGCAGCAUUAUUUUGCACAGACCCAAGCAGAGCAGACGGCCAGCAGUGAUCAGAGCACCUCCAGGCUUGCAAAUGUGGAAGAAACGCUGUGCAAGUUCUAGUCCUGGGUAUCUGGCCCAGUGAUUCAACCCCAGACAGGAGCAGCAGGAAGGAGUAGAAAGGAGGGCCAUGGGGGUGAACCUGGGCCAGGAUGUCAACUGGCUCCUGCCUUUCCUGUUCUUGCUACAGAUGAUCACAUUGUCACCCACCCAGGGUCAAGCUUGUCCCCAGCGUUGUGAGUGUAUUGCAAAACUCAAGACUGUGUCCUGUUUUGGUAAACGUCUGACCACACUACCAGAUGGCAUCCCACUGGACACCAAGAUCCUGGACCUAAGUGGGAAUAAACUUCGUUGGAUCGAGCACGGUGACCUGCUUCCAUUUCAGCGUCUUGAAAAGCUGGACCUAAGUGAGAACAUGAUCAGUGUCCUGGAACCAAAUGCUUUUUCUGGUCUCCAGAACCUGCAGUCGCUUUCACUGAGGGGUAACCAACUGAAAUUGGUCCCCAUGGGGGCUUUCUCACGUCUAUCCAACCUGACUUCACUGGACCUCAGUGGGAAUAAGAUUGUGAUUCUUUUGGACUUUACUUUUCAAGACCUUAAAAGUCUAAAAAACCUGGAAGUUGGAGACAAUGAUUUGGUUUAUAUUUCCAACAAAGCUUUUAUGGGUCUAGUGGGUUUGAGGGAGCUCACCAUUGAGAGGUGCAAUCUGACCUCUAUUUCAAGCCAGUCUUUGUCUUACCUGCAUAACCUGGUGACUCUGCAGCUCCGCUACCUCAGCAUCUCUGCCUUAGAGGACCAGAACUUCCGUAAGCUUGGAAACCUUAGGGGCCUCGAGAUCGAUCACUGGCCCUUUUUAGAGUACAUUUCCCCUCACAGCCUACAGGGUCUGAACUUAUCUUGGCUGUCUAUUACGCACACAAACAUCACCUCUGUGCCCACCUCUGCCCUCCGCAGUCUGGUUCACCUCACCAGCCUCAACCUCUCCUACAACCCUAUCUCUGUGCUUGAAUCCUGGGCACUGCGGGACCUUGUUAGGCUGAAAGAGCUGCAUCUGGUCAACACAAACCUAGCAGUAGUGCAGCCAUAUGCACUGGGUGGUCUCAGGCAAAUCCGUCUUCUUAACUUCUCCACUAACAGCCUGGUUAGCUUGGAAGAGGGAGCCUUUCAGUCUGUCAACACCCUGGAGACGCUGCGCUUGGAUGGAAACCCUCUGGCCUGCGACUGCCGCUUGUUAUGGAUCCUUCAGCGCAGGAAGACCCUCAAUUUUGACGGCGCUUCCCCAGUGUGUAUGACGCCCGUGGAGGUGCAGGGAAGGGCCCUUAAUGCUUUCUCUGACUCGGCUCUCUUUGAUCACUUUACUUGCCAGAAGCCCAAAAUCCGCAACAGGAAACUGCAGCAGAUAUCUGCCCGCGAGGGGCAGGUUGUGUCAUUCAUAUGCAGAGCAGAAGGCGAGCCAACACCGGUGAUAUUCUGGAUCUCUCCUCAACGUCGCCGCAUCACGACAAAGAGCAGCGGCCGCUUGACUGUGUUACCAGAAGGCACGUUAGAAAUACGGUAUGCCCAGGUAACAGACAGUGGAACCUACAUCUGCAUAGCCAGCAAUGCUGGUGGAAAUGACACCUAUUUUGCAACACUUACAGUUAGUGGGCUGCCACUGGACGCAGCUCUUAUGUCCAACCGCACUUACUAUGCUGGGGAUCUUAAUGACACAAACCUGAACGACACCAGAGUCUUCUUGAAGUUUACUCUGGACCUCAAGACCAUCCUCAUAUCUACAGCUAUGGGUUGUAUCAUGUUCCUGGGGGUAGUUCUCUUCUGUUUCAUCCUGCUGUUUGUGUGGAGUCGAGGGAGAGGGCAGCACAAGAACAAUUUCUCGGUGGAAUAUUCCUUCAGAAAGGUGGAUGGACCUGCUGCCAGUGGAGGACAGGGAGGGGCACGCAAGUUCAACAUGAAAAUGAUUUGAUUAUUUGGGACUGUGUCUCUCAUUGGUAUUCUUUACCUGAUACUGUUUACAAGCAGUCUCCAGCGGGAGGGAAAAGACACUGAAAUGGACAUCUGUGCCCGCAAAACAUUAAGGACAGUUAUUUGUAGGACAUUUUGUUGAGACAAAGUUUUGUUUUCGAAACUACUGUAUAUAUGAGAAAAAGGGAAGUCUGUAUAAAUUUGAUAUAUUUCUAACACUUUGUUGUGUUUUCACAUUAUUGUGCAGAGCAGAACUGGAUUAUGGUUAAUGAUGUCUCAAAUGUUGGAUAGGCCGUUACAAGACCAAUCAACAAAAGCAACAAAAGAGUCCCAUCAGUCUUUAACCUCUGGAAAGCUCUUGCCAACUCCAUCCUUCUUCCCUACGAGGGACUCUGUCCUCGUCAUCUUUAAAGGACUUCACCUCUCAGCUCCGUCUGAGGUGAUUCGCACUCCAAACUCCUGAAUACGUUAUAACAGGGUGGUGCUCAAUGAAUGCCAAGGACCUGCCAAUAUGUAUUUGAAUAGUUCCAGGUGUACACUAUAUAGAUAAUAUUUAGACUUCUUUACUAUCAGGAUAUUAGAGUAUUGUUAUGACAUAAACACAGAAGCUCUGCUUUUUCGCCGAUUUGCACAGCCACCAAGAGAAUACUCUCUGGAACACUGCCAAUUUGACCAAAAAGCACCAUGUAAUAUCAACGUCGGCGCAAUGUCGUGUAGAGAAGGGUCACCUCUUAUUGGAUAAUCACUAAAUGUCGGUCCAAGCUGUUUUUAAUAAGACUGGGACUCUACAAGUUAAGCUACAGUUAAAGGCCCCAGUGCACAUUUGUGUAGUGACAAAUCAUGCCCACUUGCUAGAAAGCUUUUCCAUUGUUGUUUAUUCUGUACAUACGUCACAAGACUCUUACUGUUUUGAUCUGAAAAAUAAAACAAAAAAAAAAACAAAAAACUAAACUGUAAAAGAUGAACGCAUGUGUUGGCUUCUUGCUUUGAAGAACGUGUAUUAUUUGUAAAUUGAACAUUUGUUAGGGAGGCAUUUAUCCCAAAGUUGAAUAGGUCACAGUGUAUAGAUAGGAUAUAUAUACUGUAUAAGAUGUAUUAUAUAAUUUGUAAUCAUUGACACUGAAAUUAUUGUGGUUGUUUAUAGUACUGUUGAGUGAGUUUUUCUGUUCUAUUGUAAUUCUGCUGUUAACGUCUCUUUUUCAAAUCAGCGAAGUUCAGAGCUUUUAUAGUUCUCGUCUGAGACAUGCCUGCUCACUCCAUGAGCUCACGCAUGAAGGGUGUUAAUGUCAGGUUUCAGUUCACUUGCCUAUUUUUGGUCGUAAGUGACAGCGGGGAGGCUUGUUGACCAGCAGGAGAAGGAGUUAAGUGGGUUCUCAUCAGGACCUCAAUCUGUCUCAGACGUGCAGGGGAAAAAUGCUAACGUGAUAAAGACCUGCAUACUGAAACAAAUCAUGAAACUGAGCCAGAGAGUAGGAGCAGUUGAGGGUGUCCGAGCAAGACACUGACACUAUGAUGCAAAGAGGUGUACGUCACAUGUUCCUCAUUAGAUAGCUGUAUAACAUUUUGUAAAAGUGGUUAUUAUGAAGGUGAUUUCAAUAUGAUUCAUGCAGCAUUAAGAUAAUUAACGUGGGAUCAAAAAAUAAAGUGUUUUACCUUGACAAACCAUGUUUUUGUAUUCCCUCACACGUAACUGAAAACUGUUGUAUAUUAAUACAUUGCUGAAUACAGUUCUGCUACAGAGAAUGUAAUAUGAAGUGUUUGGCACUUGCAGGACUUGACAAUAACAGAAAUGCAAAUGUGUCAGAUAUGGGUCUUGUGCAGAUUCUGUGUUAGUUUCAUUACUAUAAAAAAACAGAAACUGGGAGCAUAAAGUUCAGUUUCCCUGUUAACAGCCCAUGAAGUUUGGAGAGUGACUAAGCAUCUUGAUAUUGCUCUAACUCCAAAGU